AUGGAUAAUGAUGAAGCUGAUGAUGAUGAUGAUGAUGACAAUGAUGUUGAAACUAACGAUGAUGAUGAUGAUGAAGUUGAUAAUGAUAACGAUGAUAAAGCUGACAAUGAUGAAACUAAUAAUGAUGAUGAUGAUGAUGAAGUCACCAUUUACUCUGAGGUGGUGCUCACCAACACACAGACCCAGUACGUCACUCGCACACAGGUGCAGCAGCAGGUGUCCACCGUCUACCGCACGCAACAGGUGCCCCAGUAUGUCACCAGGACGGUGACGGUGCCCCAGCAGGUGGUGAGGACCCAAGUGUCAACACAGGUGGUGCCAACAACCAUUUACUCUCAGCAAACGAUCCAAACCACCGUCUACCAACCGGCCCAGACCCAGUACGUGACGAAUACACGCACAUACUACAGCACUCAAUACCUUCCAGGCAGGACCCGCACCCAGUACGUCACUAACACCGUUUACAAUACCAACUACGUUACCUCCACAGUCUACAACAAAGUGUACAACACCAUCACCGCCACCUCCACCGUCAAACCUAAUUGUAAUACUGGCUACAACUACAACGCUCCAAGCAGGCCAUUCAAUCCCUAUAAUGGUUAA